AUGGGAGGCGUUCCGACGUACAUCGGUGCCAGUGCUCAGCUGAAGAUUACUCUCGGUUCGAGGGUGAUAUAUCUCCUGGAUGUUUGGAUUGCUAACAUCGGCGAAGGGAUCGAAGUACUUCUGGGUAUGAGUUUCAUGUUUGCAGCUGGAGUGAGGAUCAGUGUUCGCGAAGGUCUCGCGACACUUCCGGAUGAAAAGGCGAUCAUGAUGUGUGGAUGGACUCCAGAGGAUCGCCUGGGUGUCGACAUGCCCAUGGAAACCACAGGUAGUUGGUACCUGGCCCCUGGGGAAACCAAGGUGGUGAAGAUUUCGUAUGGACCGACGAACCCGCAGCGUGAAGAUGUGUGGGCAGGACGAGGUGACCGCUGGGUAACGCACCUGAUUUACGCUGCGAGAUCCUGGCCGGUCGCUGUGAAGGUGGUCAACAUCUCGGACAAGGACGUCUGGAUUCACAACAGAACGCCGACUCUUAUUCUGGAGAGUGUUCAGUCGCGUGAGGGCAGACUUCGUGCGGAACGCCUGGCUACGCUGGAGCCAUCCUGUGUCGAGACCCCAGAGUAUCAGUGGCCUACGAAGAUUCUGCCGCGACCUGCAGAGGGCCCCGACAUGGCACUGCUUGCCUCGAUUCUCAGGAAACCGAAGACUCGUCGCGUGCGCUUCGCUGAAGACGCUGCAACUCAGACUGAAGAGUGUGAGUCCGAGCUUACGCGCUAA